UUUGCCACGAAAUGUCCCUGUGUGUGGUGUCCCUCCUCUUGGUCGGUAGAGCAAUCGGGGCGCUCCACAUUUCGUACCUUUAAGCCUCUUCCAGGCCCCAUUCUAGGGGUGCCAUCCGAAGUGCCGACAAAGGCAUUUUCCGGAGAUGGAGGAGUAACAGAGCUUGGUGUGUGUGGGGAGGAAACAAUUCCCGUACUUCAAAACAAAAACCUUGCUUUUUGUAACUGCGUGUCUGAUAUUCCUCGGUUCAUCUGAGUUCGACCAGUCAGGCAGCGUGAAAGCCAGCCCACAGCUUGGGGACGGCAGGGGUCCUUCUGCACUGCAGUCGCAGCCGCUUCUAUGAGGCCCCCUUUUUCCCCGCCGGCGCCGCCGCUGCGGGAUGUGUGUGUGGCGCUGCCACCUCUAAGACUUCCGGGGCCCGAGACGGUUCCAGGACCGGGCAUGGGGUUCGGGACGGGACCGGCCAGCGGAGGAAACGCCCUCUUCCCCGAGAGGCUGCGGCUCCCCAUUUGUUGCCUGGGUGUCUUCUUCUGUUACUUCUGGUACGGCGUCCUACAGGAGACAAUUACAAGAGGCAAAUAUGGGGAAGGAGCAAAGCAGGAGAAGUUCAGAUAUGCUCUGUCUUUGGUCUUUAUCCAGUGUGUGAUCAAUGCCAUUUUUGCCAGACUAUUGAUCCAGUUUUUUGAUACCGUCAAGGUGGAUCGGACACAGAACUGGCUGUAUGCAGCUUGCUCCCUCUCCUAUCUAGGUGCCAUGGUUUCCAGCAACUCGGCUCUCCAGUUUGUCAACUAUCCAACUCAGGUCCUUGGGAAGUCCUGCAAGCCCAUCCCAGUCAUGCUGCUGGGGGUGACGGUGCUGAGGAAAAAGUACCCGCUGACCAAAUACCUGUGUGUCUUGCUGAUAGUCACAGGCGUAGCCCUUUUCAUGUACAAGCCAAAAAAGGGGGGAGGUGUUGUGGACGACCACCUCUUUGGGUAUGGCGAACUCCUGCUGUUGCUGUCUUUGACAUUGGAUGGACUAACAGGAGUGUCCCAAGACCACAUGAGAGCACAUUACCAGACUGGUUCCAAUCGCAUGAUGCUGAAUGUUAAUCUGUGGUCUACUGUGUUCCUGGGAGCUGGCAUUUUAUUUACAGGAGAGUUCUGGGAGUUCUUGAGUUUCACUGAGCGUUACCCCAGCAUCAUCUACAACAUCCUUCUCUUUGGCCUAACGAGUGCUCUAGGCCAGAGCUUUAUCUUCAUGACCGUGGUGUACUUUGGGCCCCUGACCUGCUCAAUCGUCACCACUACCCGCAAGUUCUUCACCAUCUUGGCGUCGGUCAUCUUGUUUGCCAAUCCUAUCACCAACUUGCAGUGGGUGGGCACCAUCCUAGUAUUCCUGGGACUUGGACUGGAUGCUAAAUAUGGGAAAACAUCCAAGAAAACUUCGCAUUAGGAAGACUUUGGGUGGCUCUCUUGAAAACCUCAAGCAUAACGAACUGUUAACUUAUUCUUUUUAUUCCCCAGCACCUGUUAUCAACAAGGACUCAGGAUGAGUGCUUGGGGAAAAGGAAUGGGGCUUUAUGGGUAUAAGAUUUUUUGUUUUUGUUUUUAUUCCAAACUGUUGUUUUAAAAAAACCACCAAUGGAGAACUUUUUUAUUUUAAUUAAAAUCAAGGAGACAAACUUCUUCCACUUGUGCUGCCCCCCUCCCCACCCCCAGGAAUCAAAGCUGGGGUUGAUAGAUGGCCAAGAGGAAGAUAAAUUCUUUAGUGAAUGGGAGGAACCUUUCACAGCAAAUAAAAGGAGGAGAGAUGCCUGUGUCUUCCCUUUUAUUCA